AUGCCAUCUAGUUCUUGGUGGUCCUCGUCUUCAGAUGACGAAGAGGAGAUGUUUUUCGCAAACGCUGUGCUACGGGCGGGGCAGAUUCUUAUUAAAGAGGAAGAGGAAGAGGAAGACGUCUCGUUUGAAAACGUUAUUACCAGACGAAUACAGAUUAACAGAGACCGCCAAGGAGCGCACGAGAAAUUGCUGAACGAUUAUUUUUCGGAUGAACCACUUUACAAUGACGAGAUUUUCAGACGCAGGUUCCGAAUGAGUCGCCGGUUAUUCACACGGAUUGCUAAUGAUUUGGCGGGGCUAGACCCGUUUUUCACGCAACGACCUGAUGCUCGAAAUUAUGAAGGGUUCACCACGUUACAAAAGUGUACUGCGGCCAUUCGCCAACUGGCGUACGGGACAAUGGCCGACGCUUUGGACGAGUACUUACAAAUGUCGGCAAGAACUACGCGGGAAUGCUUGUAUCGGUUUUGCCAUAAUGAGGUGAAACUGUAUAGCAAAAAAUAUUUGUGUAAACCAAACUCGUAUGAUGUUCAGCAGUUGUACCAAGCUCAUGAAGCACGGCACGGGUUUCCGGUGACGGUGACGAUGACGAAGACGAUUUACAGUAUGAGUGACCAAGGAACUUUGGACGCUUACCGUCAACUGUCUAGUUCACCUAAAGACGAAGGAACUUCUUCCCAGCCUACCCCCUCGGGGUAUUCGGCUGACACCGAAGAAGGGAUUUUCGUAUUCAAAGCACAAUCUGAAGAGCCAUUCCCUCCCAAGAACAGAUGA